AUGAUGAUGACGUUACCACAGGAAAUCAUCAAAAUUUACGUAGGCAGCUCGCAGUUUAUUGAUACUUGCCAAAACUAUUUUAUACGCAUUAAGAGGGAUUCCAAUCCACAUAUCAUGAAACUUUUCUUCAAUGUAUUCCUUUCAUUUCUUAACUAUAAUAAUUCUGUUUUAAUCUCUAAUUUUACUCAACCAGAAUUAUUCAUUGACAGAUUAUUGGAUAAUAUGGACAACAUUGAUGUAAAUAUGUUUUUGUCGUCCUUGUUUAUAAAACAAGGAAUUUACAUGAGUACUUUUGUUCUUGAUACAAAUAUUGUUCCGAAAUUAAUCAAUUACAUUCCUCAGAAGAAGCAAGCUGCAUUAUUACUGCUCCAAAUUGUUCAAAACCACCAAUUUGAUUCCUCCAUUCUUCAGCCAAUUUCAGAUCCUGAUACAGUUUUCUCCCUAUUUGAUGAAUAUAACCCACAUUGCUAUGACAUUAUCAGAAUAUUACUGAAGAACAGCCAUCUAACAAAGGAAUCAUGGGAUUUAUUAUAUGAACAGUUUCCUGACCUUUGCAUGAGGAUUAACGCUGAUCAGGACAAAACUGUUUCAAUAGCAUUCCCAUCAAUGACCGAGUUGUUCAAGGAAAUCCUUAAAUCCAUAAUACUUGAAAACUCCGGAAUAAAAUACCAAAACAAAGUCAACUUGUCUCCACCAAGGAAACAACCAGUAUGCCAUUUCGAGAUGGAUAAAUAUGUUUCUGCUGCAAAUUCCUUGUCAUCUUGCAGAAGUUGCCCUAUUUUUGAUAUUGACAUUUCAAGUUUGCCGGCAAUUGAUGAAACUUCCACUUCCAACGGUUCACUACUAAUAAGUUCAUCAGAGGAACAUGAAUACGAUACAACAAUUGUGAAGACUUCAGAGACAAUUUUGACAAAAAUGCUAACAUGCCAGAAUAACGAACAUUUCCGUAAGACUGUGUUAGAUAUCUUUGAUCUGAUCAUAGAUACAAGAUAUUUACUUGAUUUACUAUUGACGAUCACGAAUUGCAUGAAUUUAAUCAAGAACGCUUUCAUUUCACCACAGAAUCAUAAUUGCAAGCAGACAUUGACAAUACUAAACAAACUCCGUUCCCCAGUUAUGGGAUCACAAACUCUAAAUAUCCCAUUAAGAUCAACUUUCGCUCACCAAAGCUAUUCAUGUGAAACCAUUCCUGAAUAA